AAAGUGACGUUUAAAAUCUAAAAAUAAAUCGCACAAUCCUUAAAGAAGCCCUGUGACGCACUUCGUGUAUGUGUGAAGUUCCCGGAUGUUCAGAACAAAAUGGCGGCGCCCUGUGGGAGAUUAGUGAGGUCGGGGAUAAAAGCAGGUCUUCAGUACUUAUCCAGCAGAAAUCUGUGUUUAACGACGAAUCGUGUGCAGAACCUGGCCUGCUUGAGACAUCGGUGGUGUGUGUUACAGCACCGAGCUCUUCACUGUAGCAGUUUCUGUUUACUACACAGCACCAAGACAGAGAGAAGGACAGAUCCCUUGAAUAAUACAAAUGACUGGGAAAAGAAAGAACCAGAAGGAGAGGAAGACUCUGGACCGGAGUAUAUUCCUAAGAGGAAAGCGAAAAACCCGAUGAAAGUGAUCGGAUACGCGUGGAUGAUCGGUCUUCCAGCCGGAAUAAUUGGGUUUAUUCUGGCUAAAAGGCAAGUGGACAAGAACCGGCUCCAGCAGCUGAAGAUCCGACAGAGGAUGAAGAAAUCCAAUGAAGGAGAAUAUGAGCGCGAGCGCUACAAACCAGCAGGGAUCCAGUAACUGGAGUGUUUGUGUCGGAAUCAGGACCUGACUGGAAAAAAAUCUAUUCUUUGUAAAUAACAGACCUGUAAUAAGUUUAAAGUGAUGAAUUUAUACGGUCUAAUAUAUUAAAAAUGGGAGGCUCAGAUUUCAGCUUUGGUCUGUGUACGUUUUCACCUCCUGAAGUCGCACUGUGAAUUUGGUGAAAAUCAGAAAAUAGAAAAUCUUUUGUUCCAAAAAUUAACAGUUCAAGCGAGGCACUUAGUCUCAUCUGUGUGUCUUGUAGAAACUAGCCUAGUUAUAGUAGCUAUAAACUGAUGUUCUUUCACCGAUCUCUUAUUUUUCUAUUGAAAUUAAGAACACCGUGAUAUUGUCACGAUACACAGUAAUACUGCUGAACCUCUGACACCGGAGACUCCUUCCAUAUGUUCAAUAAACAUUUAACAGAAAA